AUGGCCAACUGGCAUGACCGUCCUGCGACCGCCGCCCUCUAUCUUGCCAUUUGUCUGCUGGCCAUCGCUGUCCGUCUCACCUCCGCCCUGCCGACGGUCGCCGGCUCGCCAUGCGAACCCGUCUGUGCCGAUGCUGGUGACCUGGUAGAAGAUGUCGUCUGCCUUGAUGCAGACUAUCAGAACCUCGAGAACGGCCGCGCUUUUCGGGAAUGUGUGUCCUGCCAACUAAAUUCAACGGCAGUGGAUACUGCAAAGAAUGAGACGGACGUGGACUAUGGAUUGUGUAUGUAA